UUUCGGUGCGAGCUUGAUGGGGUUGGGAACGACCUCCCAUGGCCACCGGGAGAGACCUCCGGUCGAAGCCCAACACCCUCCUCCUCCCUCUCCUCUCCCUCCUCUGCUUCGUCUCCGUCUUCCUCGCCCUCUCCCUCUUCCGGCGCGCCUCCCCGACCCCCGCCCGCUCCUACCAGACCCUCGAGGUGAACGGGACGCCACCCGGCGCCGGCGCCGGCGCCGGCUCCGGUCGGCCCUGCGACUACUCCGCCGGGUCCUGGAUCUACGACCCGAGCUUCGGAUCGGCCCGGUACGACGGCUCCUGCAGGGAGAUAUUCAAGGGAUGGAACUGCGUCGCCGGCGGCGAGCCCGGCGCUCGCGACUUGGUCAGGUGGCGGUGGAAGCCCGAGGCCUGCGAUUUGCCCGCUCUCGAUCCCGUUGGGUUUCUGGAGAUGAACAGGAACACCAACAUAGGGUUUGUUGGCGAUUCCUUGAACAGGAAUAUGUUUGUCUCUCUCUUCUGCGCUUUGAAGAAGGUGUCGGGCGAAGUUAAGAAGUGGCGGCCUGCCGGUGCGGAUCGGGGAUUCACAUUUCUUCAGUACAACCUCACCAUUGCUUAUCACAGGACGAAUCUCUUGGCUCGUUAUGGUAGGUGGUCAGCUAAUGACGAUGAUGGGGAACUGGUGUCCCUUGGAUAUAAGGAAGGUUAUAGAGUUGAUGUAGAUCUUCCAGAAGGGACAUGGGCUGCAGCUCCUCGGUUUCAUGAUAUUCUAAUAUUCAAUACUGGGCACUGGUGGUGGGCUCCUUCAAAAUUUGACCCAAUAAAGUCACCCAUGCUUUUCUUCAGAAAGGGUCAGCCGCUGAUCCCUCCGGUAAAACCCGAUAUCGGCUUGGAUUUGGUUCUAGAAAACAUGAUGAAGCAUGCGACCAAUGAAGCAAAGUCUGAUGCCAUCAAAUUCUUCCGUACUCAAUCACCUAGACAUUUUGAGGGAGGAGACUGGGACCAAGGUGGUUCUUGCCCACGUUCUAAACCUUUAUUACCAAAACAGGUCGAAGAGUUCUUUGCACUUGAGAAUAACGGAACUAAUGUGGAGGCACGCCUUGUUAACCGGCACCUCUACAAGGCGCUUAAAGGUUCAGAUUUCCACGUGCUGGAUAUUACUCACCUGAGCGAGUUCAGAGCUGAUGCUCACCCAUCCACAUUUGGUGGGAAGAAACACGAUGAUUGCAUGCAUUGGUGCCUACCAGGAAUCACUGACACUUGGAACGAUAUUUUUGUUAUGCUUUUGACCCAAAUCAGACAAUCAAGAUGAAAUUUUCAUAAUGCUUUUUAUCAGAUUUCUUUCAUUGCUGAGGUCAAUGCUGUAAAAGUGCGUUUAUUCAUCUUUCUUGUAGGCAAAUGUAUACUUCUUAGGUGCGCCUGGACUUUGCUCAGACAGCUUGCGUAUCUGUUUUGUGGUAGUAUCUAUUAGAGAUAUGUUCGAGUC